AUGACAACGGCCCCGCGCCGCCUCCACUUCCUGUUGCGUCACUUCCGCUGCCGCCACCCGGCGCGGCUAGGCUGCCAAUGGGAGCUCCCACCAGGGGGCGCCACGCCGCGGCGCGCCCCGCUGGGGCCGCUCUAUCCCGCCCGCCCGCGCUUUGUAGAAUGGGCGCGGAGCAGACGAGUUCGCCGGAAGCGCGGCGCCGCUCUGCGCCGCGCUCGCUGCUCCGGGAGGAGUGACGGCAGCGGCGGCGGAGGGAAGAUGGCGGAGGCGGCGGCGGUGCAGCAGCACCGGUUCUUUUGCCACAGCUGCAAGGGCGAGGUCAGCCCCAAGCUGCCGGAGUACACCUGCCCUCGCUGCGAGUCUGGCUUCAUCGAGGAAGUCACUGAUGAUUCCAGUUUUUUUGACAGCAAUUCCCUGGACGACAGCCCCUCCUCUCAGUUCUCAGAGCUCUGGGACCACCUGGACCACGCCAUGUUCUUCCCGGAUUUCCGGCCCUUCCUGAGCGGCGCCUCCCUGGACGCCGAGGGCAGGGACGUGGAGCGGGGUCCCCCGGCCGAGCUUUGGGGUCCCCCGGCCGAGCUUUGGGGUCCCGGCCGCCCCCCACGGCUGCCCGUGGCCCGCAGGUACCGGGCACGGGGCAGCUCCCGGCCCGAGCGCUCGCCCGCCAUCGAGGGGAUAAUCCAGCAGAUCUUCGCCGGCUUUUUUGCCAACUCCGCCAUUCCUGGCUCCCAGCACCCCUUCUCCUGGAGCGGGAUGCUGCACUCCAGCCCCGGCGAUUACGCGUGGGGACAGAGCGGCCUGGACGCCAUCGUCACCCAGCUCCUGGGACAGCUGGAGAACACGGGGCCGCCCCCAGCAGACAAGGAGAGGAUCUCCUCGCUGCCCACCGUGCCCGUGACGCAGGAGCAAGUCGGUGGGUGGCUGCCAAACCCACAGCCGGGGCACUGGGGUCCAGUUUGGCACCCUGAGGUCCCUCCUUGGCACCCUGAGCUCCCUCCUUGUCACCUUGAGCUCCUGGGACAGCUGGAGAACACGGGGCCGCCCCCAGCAGACAAGGAGAGGAUCUCCUCGCUGCCCACCGUGCCCGUGACGCAGGAGCAAUGUGUUUCCCCACAGCACGACACGUGUCCCGUGUGCAGGAAGAGCCUGAAGGGGGAAGAUUCCAGCAGGCAAAUCCCAAACCCCGACUCCUCCGACAGCCCCGUGCAGGAGAGAUGGACUUUCUGACCCUCCUGAAAAGUUCUGGAACGUUCCAGAAGCUUCCAGAGGCAUCCCAGACUCGAGGUGUCCAUUGAGAAUUCCAACAAACCCCCCCCUUGGGUAGCAGGAAUUUGGGGGCCCGCCCUGUGGGAUUGCGGCACCGAGCGCUCUCCUCCCAGGAAUUUCUCCUCCUGCUCCAUGGAAUUGCCUCGUUAGCCCUAAAUUGGGGGAUUUUUGGGAGUGAUUUGGUUUCAUUUUUUUGUAGCAGGAAAGGUUUGGUUGGUUUUUUUUUUUGGGUUUGGUUUUUUGAUCCAAAGAGGGGCUCCCAGUCCCCCCCCUCGUCGCCUUCUCUGGGAAAAGGUUGGGGUAAAAAAAGGGGAUUUUUGGGAUCUUCCUGCACUCCAGGAGGUUGGAAUUGCAGCCACGAGAGAUUUUUAUUGCCCCGUUUUGGGAUGGAAUCCUUGGGGGGUCUGUGAAAUCAUGGCAGGUGGGAGAAGGAAGGUUCUGGAAGCCUUCCUUAGGGGGGGUUGGACCCUCAGGAGUCCCCGGGAAAGGCUCUGGGGACGCCGUGGUAUCAGGAAUGCUCUGAGCAGGAUUUUGGCUCAUCCUGGACUGGUUUUGGGGUUGAUUGGGGUUUUUUCUGACCCUUUUCCACGUUGCCUGUGGCCCCAGGUGUGUCCAAACCCCCCCACGAGUCAUUCCAGGCAGGAAUUCUGGACCACUCCCCCCACCAUAACUUAAGGAAACUCUUUCUUUUUCCUGAUUAUUUGGUUGUUUUGAGAAGUUUUGGGGGUUUUGUUUCCCAUUUCCUGUGACUUUUCCAGGUCUGAAUCCUGGGAUUUUCCUCAUCCUCGUGGGAUCCACUGGCUGCCCUUUGGGGGGACAUUGUGACCCCCCUCCCACGUUCCCAAACCCCUUGGGCUCAGUGGUUCCACACCCACGUGGAUUUAAUUCCUGAUUUUUCUUUGCUCUUCCGUCCAAUAAAGGCCUUUCUCAAUGAA